UUCCGCCUCCAGUCCGGGGUUUUGCCUUCGGAGCGCGGCCACUGGAGUGCGAGUUGGAGUCAGACGGUGCUAAUGUGUGAGGAGGGACAACGCUAGAAAAUGUACCUUUAUUUUUAGACACGUGAACUUGCCACGUCUUUUUUCCCCCACGGCGCGAGGAGCCGAGGAAAAUGUUGGCGUCACGCAGGCUCUGUUUUGCAGACUUUGGAAAACACGUCGGGUAUUGUCGGUGAAUCCUCGGGAGAUGGCAGAAUAGUUCGACCUGCGCCCGAACCCGAACCCCUCAUAAAGCACUUUGAAAAUCACCCGCAAGGUCCAUAAUGACGGCUAGUGGCGUGCUCCUUUUGGUCUCGAUCGUCCUGGUCCUUCCCUGUUCUAGCCUGGAAGGCGAUAGCAAUGGGAGUACCUCUGAAUGUUUGUGUGAGGGAUCGUCCUGCAGCAGCGGCGUCCGGUGUUAUGGCCAGCAGUGUUUCACCUCCCUCUCGGUACUGAACGGGACUUCGAUCGUUCAGAAGGGUUGCAUUAUGGGUAACGGAGAAGGACCCGUGAGCUGCGGGAGCCCACCGACUCCCGAACUGUUGAUUCAGUGCUGUUCUGGGGAUUUGUGUAACAUGAACGUCUCCUUGAAGCCACUGGCAGAAGAGCUAUCUGCUGGCAGGCCGGUCCUCAGAGACCAGGAGUGUGUGUGUGAGGGCGGCGAGUGCGAGCGUGACCAGCGCUGCACCGGCCAGCAGUGUUUCUCCUCGCUGAAGAUGAUUGAUGGGGCGGCCGUUCAACAGAAGGGCUGCCUGAGGGACGACGAGGAGGGCAGAGCCACCUGUGCCACGCCACCUUCAUCGGCCCAUGUUGUCAAGUGCUGCCAGGGCCAUCUGUGUAACAUGAACGUCACUGUGCAAGCUCCAGGGAGAGAGGAGUCGGUGAAGUCCCUGAUCGGAGAGGAGCACGAGUGCGUGUGCGAGGGCAGCUCAUGUGCAUCAGGCAACCGCUGCAAGGGCCACCAGUGUUUCUCGUCGCUGACGGUCAACACUGGCUCGCGGGUGUACCAGAAAGGCUGCUUUAAGGCCUAUGAGCAGAGCACAUUAACCUGUAAGACCCCUCCGUCCAAAGACCAGAUUGUUGAGUGCUGCUAUGGACGCCUGUGUAACAUGAAUAGCACCGUGGAGCUGCCCGCCAAAGAUAAUAAACUGACGAGCUACAGCCCGACCACUCUGGCUGUGGUGAUUAUGGCCCCCAUCAUCGUGAUCAUGGUCAUCUCUGCUAUUGCCAUCCUGGUGUUCAGACGCAUCCACCACAACCAGAUGGAGAGGCUGACGUCGAGGGACGCCGAGUACGGAACUAUUGACGGCCUGAUCGCGUCAAACGUCGGGGAGAGCACUCUGGCGGAUCUUCUGGAUCAUUCCUGCACGUCAGGCAGUGGCUCAGGGCUGCCCUUCCUUGUUCAGCGGACCGUCGCUCGACAGAUAACACUUAACGAGUGCGUGGGUAAGGGCCGCUACGGCGAGGUGUGGAGGGGUCAGUGGCAGGGGGAGAGCGUCGCCGUCAAAAUCUUCUCCUCCAGGGACGAGAAGUCCUGGUUCAGAGAAACUGAAAUCUACAACACGGUGCUGCUGAGACACGAGAACAUCCUCGGCUUCAUAGCGUCAGACAUGACCUCGAGGAACUCCAGUACUCAGCUGUGGCUGAUCACUCACUACCACGAGAUGGGCUCCCUUUACGACUACCUGCAGCUCAGCACCCUGGACGCGUCCGGCUGCCUCCGCAUGGCGCUCUCCAUCGCCAGCGGACUGGCGCAUCUCCACGUCGAGAUCUUUGGCACACAGGGCAAGCCGGCCAUCUCCCACAGAGACCUCAAGAGCAAAAAUAUACUGGUUAAAAAGAACGGACAGUGCUGCAUCGCUGACCUGGGUCUGGCAGUCAUGCAUUUCCAGGACACCAACGAGCUAGAUGUGGGGAACAACCCCAAGGUGGGCACCAAGCGCUACAUGGCCCCGGAGGUGCUGGAUGACUCCAUCCAGGUGGACUGCUUUGAGUCCUACAAGCGAGUGGACAUCUGGGCGUUGGGCCUGGUGCUGUGGGAGAUCGCCAGGAGGACGGUCAGCAACGGCAUUGUAGAAGACUACAAACCCCCUUUUCAUGACGUGGUCCCAAGUGAUCCCAGCUUCGAGGACAUGAAGAAGGUUGUGUGCGUGGAUCAGCAGAGGCCCAACAUCCCAAACAGAUGGUUCUCAGACCCGACCUUAACGUCGAUGGCGAAGCUCAUGAAAGAGUGCUGGUACCAGAAUCCAUCCGCCCGAUUAACAGCGCUGCGCAUCAAAAAGACUCUCACAAAGAUCGACAACUCUCUGGACAAAAUCAAAACAGACAUUUGAGCCUCGCGGACGGUGGACCAACGCGGAGAAGCGUCGCACGGCGAAAGACUGGGAUGGGUCCAGUGCCCUUAUAGCGGCAUGGUCCUAUAUUUAUUUCAAACACACUUGGUGGGACACAUUUUGGCAUCCAAAGAUGGCUAACGUGGCAUUUCCAAGGCGGCCAGAAGUCUGGAAAUAGGAAAAUAUCUACGUAACUUAUAACACUGUUAGAAAUGUUCUUCAAGGAAGAAACUGUUACCUGGGCAUUGGAACAGCAGAAUUAGUUCAACAAUGUUUUUUUUUUAAUUAUUAUUUUAAUUUUAAAUAUGUCUGGACAUAUUAGCCAGUUCACUUUAUCUUAUUAUUUGUUCUACUUUGUUUAUUUCAGUUACAGCGAGAUCGUAGAAAAAAAGGCCAGUUCGCCAGUGGAACUUGCCGACUCAGCGUUCGUUCUUCAAGUGGUCACACUGAGCGCAGUUGUGUUCUACUUUGUGUAAUGCGCCUCUGUUUACAGUGCUGUUACCGAUCCUGUACGUUUUUUGUUGUACUGGUGUGUCAGUGGCAUUGUUCCUUUUCCUGAGACGUCGUCCAGCGGACGGUCCUCUAACACAGACAUGUUGUACAUCACCAAUGAAUUAUGUAGCUGUUCCAUGUUUCGUUUCUUCAGCUUCACACGAAUACUAAAAGAACAAAUAAAGGAUCUGACGCUGAACUCUGUUCCUCCAGAGGCCUGUAAGUAUGCCUGUAAAGCCUAUAUCCUGUCUUAAAGCGUGCGUUGUUCAGUAAAUGAAGUCAAACUUCAGCAUUUUUUUUUUUAUUUCUUUAACAUUUUAUAUUACUUAGUGAUUUCUAUUAAUUAAAUAGAAAGUGUAUUUUAUCUGUCUCA